AUGCAAGUCGGCUCUCUGCUCCAGCACUUGGAUCCCUCCCAUCUCGCAGCACCUCACAGGUCUCUUCCCGGAGCAGUGCAUUGCUGGAGCGAGGAGCCUCUCACGAAUCAGCUGCAGGUCCCCGUUUUGAAAAGCAGAGAUACAGAGGCAAAAGAAAAGGGUGGACUCCUAUGUGACCUGGUCUCAGAGCAAGACAAUCACCAGCUGAAUUCCAGAAGCCCUGUUCAUGUUUGGGGAGAUUUAUUCGACUGCAUGGAAUCAGAGAGAAGCCAAAGGAUGGGAAAUGCCUGCAUCCCCCUGAAAAGAAUUGCUUAUUUUCUAUGUCUCUUAUCUGCGCUUUUGCUGACUGAGGGGAAGAAACCAGCGAAGCCAAAAUGCCCUGCUGUGUGUACUUGUACCAAAGAUAAUGCUUUAUGUGAGAAUGCCAGAGCCAUUCCACGCACCGUUCCUCCUGAUGUUAUCUCAUUAUCCUUUGUGAGAUCUGGUUUUACUGAAAUCUCAGAAGGGAGUUUUUUAUUCACACCAUCGCUGCAGCUCUUGUUAUUCACAUCGAACUCCUUUGAUGUGAUCAGUGAUGAUGCUUUUAUUGGUCUUCCACAUUUAGAGUAUUUAUUCAUAGAAAACAACAACAUCAAGUCCAUUUCAAGAUAUACUUUCCGGGGACUAAAGUCUUUAAUUCACCUGAGCCUUGCAAACAACAAUCUCCAGACACUCCCAAAAGAUAUUUUCAAAGGCCUGGAUUCUUUAACAAAUGUGGACCUGAGAGGAAAUUCCUUUAAUUGUGACUGUAAACUGAAGUGGCUGGUGGAGUGGCUAAGCCAUACCAACGCAACAGUUGAAGACAUCUACUGCGAAGGCCCUCCAGAGUACAAGAAGCGCAAAAUCAAUAGUCUCUCACCCAAGGACUUUGACUGUAUCAUUACAGAAUUUGCAAAGUCUCAAGACCUGCCUUAUCAAUCACUGUCCAUAGACACUUUUUCUUAUAUGAACGAUGAGUAUGUAGUCAUUGCUCAGCCUUUUACCGGAAAAUGCAUUUUCCUUGAGUGGGACCACGUAGAAAAGACCUUCCGGAAUUAUGACAACAUUACAGGCACGUCCACUGUAGUAUGCAAGCCUAUAGUCAUCGAAACUCAGCUCUAUGUUAUUGUGGCCCAGCUGUUUGGCGGCUCUCACAUCUAUAAGCGAGACAGUUUUGCGAAUAAAUUCAUAAAAAUCCAGGAUAUCGAAAUUCUCAAAAUCCGAAAACCCAAUGACAUUGAAACAUUCAAGAUUGAAAACAACUGGUACUUUGUUGUUGCUGACAGUUCAAAAGCUGGUUUUACUACCAUUUACAAAUGGAACGGAAAUGGAUUCUACUCUCAUCAAUCCUUACAUGCGUGGUACAGGGACACUGAUGUGGAAUAUCUAGAAAUAGCCAGAACACCUCAGGCACUCAGAACGCCUCAUUUAAUCCUGUCCAGUAGUUCCCAGCGCCCUGUAAUUUAUCAAUGGAACAAAGCAACACAAUUAUUCAUUAACCAAACUGACAUCCCUAACAUGGAGGAUGUAUAUGCUGUAAAGCACUUCUCAGUGAAAGGUGAAGUGUACAUUUGCUUGACAAGAUUCAUUGGUGAUUCCAAAGUAAUGAAAUGGGGAGGCUCCUCAUUUCAGGAUAUUCAGAGGAUGCCAUCACGAGGAUCUAUGGUGUUCCAGCCUCUUCAGAUAAAUAACUAUCAAUAUGCAAUUCUUGGAAGUGAUUAUUCUUUUACUCAAGUGUAUAACUGGGAUGCAGAGAAAGCCAAAUUUGUGAAAUUUCAGGAAUUAAAUGUUCAGGCACCAAGGUCAUUCACACAUGUGUCCAUUAAUAAACGUAAUUUUCUUUUUGCUUCCAGUUUUAAAGGAAACACACAGAUUUACAAACAUGUCAUAGUUGACUUAAGCGCAUGACACACAAACUCUGUGGCUGCCACCAGAAACUUUCUAUAGUACGUGGUCCGGAUGAACUCAAUGCAUGAUGACUCUUCUUAUCACACCUGCAGAUGAAUGCCUUUCAAACAUUGAGACUGCUAGAACCCAGCACUACCAAUAUCUCCAUCCUUAAUUGUCCAGUCCAGUGGUGUGGGAAGUUACCUUUUAUAAGAGAAAAUUGAAUUGUGUAACUGUUCUUUGCAGUGAAGACGUGUAAAUGAGCAUUUACUGGUAUCUGUUACUCCAAAAAGAGAAAUAUUAAUAUGUACUUUUCCAUUUAUUUAUUCACGUGUUCAGAAACAACUGCCAAAUAAAAUGUUUACAUUUUCUUUCAUAUCCCAAGGGUGAUUAUUU